AUGAUUAUAGAUGAUUUUAUUCUUAAAAAUGGAUUAAAAUGGAUUCCUUAUAACAAAUUUAAAAAUAUUAAAUAUCUUAAUGAAGGAGGAUUUGGUACUAUAUACAGAGCUAUUUGGUUAAAGAAUAAUGGAAAUGAAGAUGAUGAAGAAGUAAUUCUUAAAUGUCCCAAGAAUUUAAAUGAAAAUUUAAAUGAGUUUUUAAAAGAAUGGGAAUAUCAUACAAGUGUUUUAAGUUCAUAUGAUAUUAUAAAUAUUUAUGGAUUCACAGAAGAUCCAAAUACUUCAAAGUAUAUAAUAGUAAUGUAUUAUGCAAAUAAAGGUAAUUUAAGAGAAAAUUUAACAAGAUUAGUCAAAAGUAAUUGGAAUCAAAAAUUAUUUAUGUUGUACGAAAUUAUUUCUGGACUUAGUAAGAUACAUAAAAAAAAACUUAUUCAUUGUGAUUUUCAUGAUGGUAAUAUUUUAAAUAAUAUUGAAAAGAAUAAGGAUAAAAUUUAUAUUAGUGAUUUAGGAUUAUGUCAACCUAUAAAAUCGUUUUUGAAAAAAUAUGAUAUUUAUGGUGUUAUUCCAUUUAUGGCACCUGAAGUUUUAAGAGGCAAAUCUUAUACUCCAGCUAGUGAUAUAUAUAGUUUUUCUAUGAUUAUGUGGGAGUUUACAUCUGGAACACCACCAUUUAAUAAUAGAGCACAUGAUCUUCAACUUAGUUUAAGUAUUUGUAAAGGUGAACGUCCUGAAAUUAUUGAAAAUACUCCACAAUGUUAUGUGAAUUUAAUGAAAAAAUGUUGGAAUGAAGAUCCAUUAAAAAGGCCAUCAUCUGAAGAAGUGUGUAAUAUUAUUAAAGAAUGGAUCAUUCCUCCUGAUAAAAUUGAAAAUAUUAAUGAAGAAUUAAAAUGCAAUAUUGCGGAAUUUAUAAAUGCACCAAUUGGGCAUAAUAAUCUUGUUACUGAAUCUCAUCCUAAAGCAUGUUAUACUAGUCGCUUACUUGAUUUUACUAGUAAAAAAUUGAAUGAAAUUCUUGAAAGUGAAAAUUUGGAUGAUUGUAUAAUUAAUGAUGAUAUGAAGUCAUUAGGUAUGUUAAUAUAAGUAUUUAGAUAUUAAAACAGAUGAAAAUUAACUAAUUAAAAAAAUUUAUAGUUUUUUUAAGUGAUAUUUGAUAUUACAUAAGAAAUUGUUUUUUAUUUUAUUCUUUU